AUGACUGAGAGCUAUCCGUUUCAUACACCGAUACGGGAAGGAAUCGUUCGACAAUGCCGACCACUGUUGAUAGCGAUGCUGAUGUACAUGUAUCCGUAUCGGGUGGGGGAAGUGGGAGGAAAGGAGUGUCUGCAUGGCGCUGCACCCAAAAACUCUUACACAAACAGAGAUGAUAUUUGUGCGGUGUUGGUUCGGAAUAUUUUAUGA